AUGGCUAACCGAGGCGUCUCGUGGGAUCCCCAUGUCCACACAAUUGCGGACCUCAAGGACCUUGGCAGCAAGAAGCUCCCCAAGAUACGGACCCAUGCUGACUGUGUAACCAUAGACUACUUCAAUGAAGGUGCUAUGGAUCUGGUUACAUUGAGAGACAACGAAGAGGCCUACAACAGGUACAAGAUCCGACCGCGCAUUCUCGUCAACGUUGACAAUGUCGAUAUCUCGUCCGAAAUAUUUGGAUGCAAGACGGCGCUGCCUCUAGGCUUUAGUCCAGCUGCUAUGCAUCGUCUGGCGCAUCCUGAUGGCGAGAUUGCUACUUCACGAGCUGCUGCCAACAUUGGCAUUUGCAUGGGUCUCUCUUCGUACGCGACGGCGUCUCUUGAAGAUGUCGCUGCCCAAGGAUCAGGAAACCCUUAUGUAAUGCAGCUCUGUGUUUUACGCGAUCGCGAAACAACACUCCAGAUGUUGCGACGUGCUGAAGGUGAGUCCGACAAGCAUGACUUUGACCCGUCGCUCGACUGGGACACUGCCAUUCCCUGGCUACGCCAACACACCAAGCUUCAGCUCUGGAUCAAGGGUGUGUAUGCCGCUGAGGAUGUCCAGCUGGCCAUCAAGUACGGUCUUGACGGUGUCAUUGUGUCGAAUCACGGUGGUAGACAGCUAGACGGUGUCCCUGCGACUCUCGACGCGCUCCGAGAAUGUGUCAUCGCGGCCAAUGGCAAGAUUCCCGUCGCUGUUGAUGGUGGCAUCCGACGAGGUACCGACAUUUUCAAGGCGCUCGCCAUGGGAGCCAGCCACUGCUUUGUCGGAAGAAUUCCCAUCUGGGGGCUUGCGUACAACGGCCAAGAGGGUGUAGAGCUCGCCCUCAAGAUCCUCAUGUACGAGUUCAAGCUUGCCAUGGCGCUCGCAGGAUGUCGCACUAUCAAGGACAUUUCGCGAAGUCAUCUCGCGUUUCUCAACUCGGAAGGUAUUUUGGCCAAGUUGUAA